CAAUAAAGUUGACUUGCCUCUCUCCUCCUUGCGCCACGUCAGCAUAGAAGGAGAGGCAAUUGCCGACACGUGUCGCCUAACCAGGCCCUCGCGUUUUUUUCCUUCGGUUCCGUCUGACUUUUAGUGUUAUAGAUAGCUGGGCUUUAAUUUAAUGGAAUUGGUUUGGCCCGUACAUUUGGCCCGUUAGAGAACCAAAAGUGCUUAGGGUUGGUCGUCGACUUCUUCUUCCAGAAGCAACCUCGCCGAAUUCACGAAACCAAACCGUCAAUCCGAACUCUGUAACGCCUCCCGAUCCAUAAAUCAUUUCUCUACUCUGAGUUUUCGUCAAUUAAUCCACUCCCCCAUGUUAAUAAAAAAAAAUACCUCUUCGUUUUCCACCGUAACUGGUUCGAGCUUCCCAUGUAAAUGUCUCUCAUUUUUUCGAUGUUGAGUACAAGGCAAACGACUUCGCAAAUGAUUUCCAACAGCAAUUAUUUCCAUAGCCGGGCGAUGCUCUAACACCGCAGAGGUCCGUCUGCUGAGCGCCGUCUACUUAUGCAAAUGAUUUACAAUCAAUUUAAUGAAUAAGUUCCAAGAGAUUUUUUCUUUCGUCCACAGCACCGUGUGGAAGGUGUUGUUUGAAAGGUUAGUGGAAUGGUUAUUUACAUAUUGAAUUAGUUGUUAAGUGUUUUUCCGUGGACAUGAGUGUUUCUUGAUAGUGAAAAGGAGCUUCUCGUCAACAGGUUUAGAUUCCUCUAUCUCUUUCCAUAACACAUGCUGUUGCUGCUGCCUGCUAUUUCACACAUGAUGAACUCACUAAGGUGUGGAAAACGAUGGUAAUCCCAUUUUAAGAAUUUCGUUGACAGUAUACUAGCUUGGAGCCCUUUGCAUGCAAUGGCUGCAAAACAAGGUCUACUCUAUCCGUGAAGCUGCAGCAAACAACCUAAAGCGCUUUGCAGAAGAGUUUGUUCCUGAGUGGGCAAUGCAACACUUGGUUCCACAGGUAUUGGACAUGGUCACAAAUCCGCACUAUCUACAUAGGAUGAUGGUUCUACGAGCAAUAUCUCUCAUGGCUCCUGUGAUGGGAUCUGAAAUUACAUGCUCUAAGUUUCUUCCUGUGGUGGCUGAGGCAUCAAAAGACAGAGUUCCAAACGUCAAGUUCAAUGUUGCAAAACUUCUGCAAUCUCUCAUCCCCAUAGUCGACCAAUCAGUGGUGGAGAAAGCAAUACUCAGUGUUUGGUGGACCUGAGCGAGGACCCUGAUGUUGAUGUUCGCUAUUUUGCAAACCAAGCGCUUCGUUCCAUUGACGAUGCUGCAGCUGCACAAUCCUAAAUAUAUUUUUUCAAAUGUGUUAGUGAUAUAUAUAUAAUCUUUAAUCCUUUGUGUUCUUUGUUAUUACCUGGUAUGUUUGCGUAAAACACCAUUUUCGAUUGCUGGCUAUGAACUGCAUUUAUAUAUUAGUGAUAUAUAAUCUUUUAAUCCUAUUAUUUGUGUUGUUGCCUGCUAUUUCAUUGGUUUGUUAAUGUAAACAACUAUGAAAAUAACAACUAAAGGUAAUAAUCACUAGAUGAGGGUCCUACGUUGUUCAGAAAUGUCAAACGUUUAGCUUCACUCAAAUAUAAAUUUAAUAUGUAUUGGGUUAACGUGUAUAUAUUCUGAAUAAGUUUUUUUCUAGAAUUUCACUAAUUACUUGUGUGAUGGAGAUCAAGAAAUAUAUUCAAAAUAAUAAAUAUGAUAUUCAGGGUUUACAGAAAUAUCAAUUUAAUUUAAGCUAGAUUGAACUUUGAUCAUAAUUGCUACGUAGCAUAAUAACAA